AUGAAUAUAUCUAUUUUGUUGAGGCAUUCAGGAAUUUGGGCUAGCAAAGUUAAUUAUGAAGGAUACAAAAGUGAUGGAAUUGUUGUUGGACAAUCAAUUUCAUUUAUGAAUCUCAAGGCAGCCAUUACAGCCGAGUUAGAGAUCAAUGAGGUAAGAAAAACUAUUGAAAUUCGAUACAUCGUAGAAGGUAAUUCAUGUCCGAUGAAAAUUAAGAACGACAUGGGUGUUAGACUAUAUUUAGAAGUGAAAAAAAGUGAGCCUGAUUUUGCAAUGUAUCCAUUAUGUAUUGAUACAACAGAUAAAAUUGGUGGUGAGAUACAUAGCUUUGAUGGAACAUGCAGAGAGAUUACAUGUAUCGAAGAUACAACAAGGGAUACAGAAGCUCUUGCAGUGGUUGAAUCAAGAAUUUGUGAUUCAUAUUAUAUUCCAGAAUUAGAAGUUACAAAUUACAUAAUUGAUUCAAACAGUAUAGAUGUGAAGACAUGUCAAUUGUAUAACGAUAAAGCAACACUAAUAGAUGUGAUGGCCAAAUAUAAAAUAAAGAACAACUUCAAUUGCAAAGUAAAAAGAUCUGAUAGACAAAGCUCUGUGUUGGUGUGCUUUUCGAUUGAAUGUGGUUGGACUAUGAAGGCUUCAUGCAGGAAAAACACUGAUGGUUUCAAAGUAAGAUACUUUGAUAGUAAACAUACAUGUCCAGUGCGGGAUAUGAUACUAACCAAAGUCCAAGCAACAGUUGGGUUUGUUAGUGGUGUGACUGUUCCUAAAUUGGUCAAUCAUAAACGAAUUCAUACUCCAAAAGAUAUAAUUGAUGAUAUUAGAGAAUUCUAUGGGGUUCAAAUAUCUUACCAGUAA